AUGACCGAUUCUCUUGCUACCCAGUUGAACAACACAAAGCUAAGCGACAGUAGCCAGGAUAACAAAUGGAAAGAAAAAUUGAAAAUCCCUGCCAAAGAUACAAGGGUACAGACUGAAGAUGUUACGGCCACUAAAGGAUUGGAAUUUGAGGACUUCUAUAUUAAGAGAGACCUAAUGAUGGGAAUCUUUGAAGCCGGAUUUGAAAAGCCAUCACCUAUCCAAGAAGAAACUAUCCCCGUUGCUCUCACAGGUCGUGAUAUUCUUGCCAGAGCGAAAAACGGAACCGGAAAGACGGCCGCAUUCGUUAUUCCCACCUUAGAGCGUACCAACCCCAAAAUAGCCAAAACUCAGGCUCUUAUACUAGUGCCCACUCGAGAGCUAGCGCUGCAGACAUCCCAGGUCUGCAAAACGCUCGGAAAGCAUCUCGGACAACAUAUGCGAAAUCCCUAUGAAAUCAACCUUAUGGACGAGCUCACCCUUCGGGGCAUAACGCAAUAUUAUGCAUUCGUAGAAGAGAGACAAAAAGUGCACUGUCUCAAUACCCUGUUCUCGAAACUCCAAAUCAAUCAGUCCAUCAUCUUCUGCAAUUCGACAAACCGUGUUGAACUACUUGCCAAGAAAAUAACUGAACUUGGAUACUCAUGCUUUUAUUCCCAUGCUCGCAUGCUGCAGCACAACCGAAAUCGGGUGUUCCAUGAUUUCAGGAAUGGUGUCUGCAGAAAUCUUGUCUGCUCGGAUCUGUUGACUCGUGGUAUUGAUAUUCAAGCCGUUAACGUGGUAAUCAACUUUGACUUCCCCAAGAAUGCCGAAACUUACUUGCAUAGAAUUGGUCGUUCCGGCCGUUUUGGGCACCUUGGACUGGCAAUAAAUCUGAUCAAUUGGGAAGACCGAUACAAUCUGUACAAAAUCGAACAGGAACUAGGCACUGAGAUCCAGCCCAUCCCUCAGUCCAUUGACAAGAAAUUAUAUGUUUACGAUACACCAAACACCAUUCCUCGGCCCAUCUCCAACCCCGAGCCACGCAAACCCGCUACCCUAGAGAACCAGCCCCGACGGCCAGCCAAUAACCCGUCCAAUGGCCACGGACAAUACAGCUCCAAUCGCGGCCAUUACGGCCGUGGCUCGUAUCGCGGUGGUCGUGGGUCAGGCCAACGUUCAAACAACAUGGAAAAUCAACGAGCUGCCGGAAAUGCGCAGAACAGCACCCCUAACUCAGGGCCGCCUGCAUCGUAA